UUGCCAUAUAAGUUGACUCCUAGUGGUCCGAAAGUUAUCUUAACACAAAACACUCUUUUGUCUGUUACCUUGACGUUAAAUAUAUGAUUUUAUUAGUGUUUAACGUUGAUGUUGUCACCACUGCUACAUAGCAACCCUAGCUGGACAUGCGAAUUAAAUUAAAUGUAAUUUUGCAGGAUAUAGAACAGAUCCAUAGUAUUAUUUGGAUAAGAAUUUUGUUCAGUCAACAUGGACAUGGAAGAAAAUUUUUGUACAUUCUGCCAUACAGUAGUACCUCAAAGUGAAUUAAGCGAUUCACUGGAAGAAAUGCUGAUAGUACUUUUCAUUGAACAGACAUCUGAUGGAGCUAUUGCAUGUCCAUGUUGUAUAAAAAAAAUUACUGAAUUUUGUGAAUUCAAACUGCUCUGUUUAAUUGGUGAAGAAGAAUUAUAUCAGUCCAGAGAGAAUGAAAAUGAAGCUUUGUGUAACUUAUUCCUAAAAGUGUAUGGGUCCAGUAGAUGUAGAUUCUGCAAAAGCCAACUUGGUCUUUCAGAAAUAAAAAUGAGACUGCAUCCUUUGGACCAAUAUGGUAUCAGAGGACUUGUCAAAAAGCAUUUUUGUGAAAUGAUAAAGCGGAUUUCGGAUAAUCGCUAUUCGGAUAAUCGGGGUUCUACUGAAAAUGUACAUAACACUGUGUAUUGCUUGGAGCUCUACCCUAUGUUCGAGACAAAUUUUACAUUUGACUGCGAAGAUUUAUCGUCUUGUUUGAGUUGGAUUUAAUCUAUGGCAUGAUCACCGUACGAUUUCCUGUUAGAGGAAAUACAAUUUUAGAGAAAAGUAUGGAUAGGUUAUGAUGCAUGAUUAGUUUGAAUGACUUCUGAAAAGGAAGGUUAUGAUAUAGCAGAAACAAGCAGUUGGAUGAUAUGCAAAUCCUGCAUAGAAGUUUUAAGCGAUUUUAAAUCGUUCCUAAACGCAUGUGAAAUUAUUCCAAGAAUAAACUUGCCCACUGACAAACCUAAUGGAUUAUCAGAUAAACUUAUAAUAUCAAACGCAACAUCCGAAAUUGUAACGGGUGUAUUUUUUGAAUGCCAAUAUUGCGGUUGGAAGAGAACAUCCAAAGAAAGCUAUGACAGACAUAUUCGCUUCAGGCACAAGGAUUGCUUGAGAGCGUCCUCAAAUCAGGAUCUUAUUUACAAAUGUUACUUGUGUAAUAUUAAGAAAAAUCAUGAGGUAGAUCUCUUGCAACACAUAAUAACAAAACAUAUAGCAUCGAAGCGUCCUGAAAUUGAGAAAGAUAAGGAAAUAAGUAACUCUAUAGGAAAUCAAAGGAAAGAACAACUUUUUGAAUGCUACUUGUGUAGUGAAAAGGCUGCUUCAAAGUCCGGUUUAAUAUGUCAUAUCAGAGCUUCUCACUUUAGAAAUCGGUACCACUGGACCCCUCAAAGCCGAGGCAAAUUAAAAAUUGACAACAUAAAUUUUUCAAAUGGAGAACAACAGGCUGACGAUGAAAAUAAUACUAAUGGACUUUGUGUGAAAAACAACAAACACCUUGAGAAAGUGUAUUCAGAGACCAGAAGGAAUAAUCAACGUGGAAGGAAGAUUAAUUUGAUAAAAACUACAGAACAAUCUAAGACUGUCAAGACCCCUAAAAAAAAAUCUGCACGGCAAAACAAUCGAGAUUAUAAAUGUACAAUUUGUGGAUAUUCCACGAAUCUGAAACUGGUGUGGUUCAACCAUAUGAGGUUCAAACACACAACUACGAAACAUCACGUGAAACUAAAAAGAAAAUUGCAACAGAAUAAUGAUGCUCUAGACCCAAACAAUAGUAUUGAUGAAAUUGGUAAAAUCAUGGUGAUUUCAAAUGAUGAACCCUUUGAGCAGAAUAAUUUCAUACAGGACAAAGCUGUAACUGAAGAUGAACCGAAGAUUGAAUUGGUACAGAAAAAUAGUGGUAUCGCAAAUACUGAAGCAGCAAAAGUUACACCUAACUAUAAAAUGAACCCUAUGGUUGUAAAGUUGUUAAACGAAUCUACAAGCAAAAGUGAUCGGAGCAUUGUUAAGAAAAAUAGUAAUCCAGAUGAGCAUUCGACAGAAAAUUUAAGAAAACGGUACUUUAGGUGUCAAUUUUGUGAUGUUGUCAAGCUGAAGCAAAUUGCUCUAAUUCUGCACGUCAGACAUAGGCAUUCAGCACAAACGAAUCCCGAUAUUGGCAACGUUCUGAAUGGUUCUGAAAAAGUAAUAGCAAAUUCAACUGAAGAAUCGUCAACAAAUAGUGGAUUGCAUCGAUUCAAAUGCAAAUUUUGUGAUGUGGUUAGAAUGAAGAAAUCUCAUCUGAAUAUGCAUAUGAACACUCAGCAUCCAGGAAGAAUCCAAUGUCCAAUAUGCCAAUUCAGAACCAAUGGGAAAGGAGCUCCGUUGACUAACCAUAUGAGAUUCAAACAUAAUAAGAGUGUUUCUUUCAGUGGUAACGAUUUGGUAAUUUCCGAUAUAGUAAAUGGGUUAUUUGAGUGUUAUAUCUGUGGCGUUAAAAGGAUAUCAAAGUCCAUCUUGCAGAGUCAUAUUACACGAAUGCAUAUGAAAAAACGUAAACGUAGGACGAAAGCUCCUACUGAUGAAUCUAAAACAAGGGAGAUCAAGAAAAUGUUACUCGAAUGUCCUAUGUGUUCUAAGAAAACUGCAACCCAAUAUCAUUUAACAAGACAUUCACGAUUUAAAAACCAAACUAUUUUGAAAUGCAAAUUUUGUGGUUUACAGUUACGUUGGAAAGACGACUCUACAGUCAAUAAUAAGGGCACACAUAAUAAUUUAGAAGACGAAAAAGAGGAAAUAUCUAAAAAUGGGUAUUUCGAAUGUUACAUGUGUGCUAAGAUUAAAACAAGUAGACUGAAAUUAAUACAUCACAUUGAAUCUAAACAUCAGGAUAUAUACGGAGAUAGGAUAAACAAGCUCUUCAAAUGUUAUUAUUGUGGCACCAAAGUGAAACGUAAAGAUACAUUAUUACGCCAUAUUGAACGCAAACAUCAGGAUUCAAGUCAAUAUGACGAAGUAACUAAACAGGAUGGCAAUGAAAAUUGUCGGACAAAACAUGAGUGCGAACCUGUUAAAUUUACUUGCAACCUUUGUGGCCCUGGGACCGAGUGUAAACAUCAGGAUACAAGUCAAUAUGGCGACGUAAAUAAACGGUACGGCACCGAAUAUGGCGAUGAAAAAGGUUCGUCAAAACAUGGAUACGAACCUGUUACACUAAUUUGUAACCUUUGUGGCCCUGGGAGAGAGUGUAAACAUCAGGAUACAAGUCAAUAUGGCGACGUAAAUAAACAGUACGGCACCGAAUAUGGCGAUGAAAAAAGUUCGUCAAAACAUGGAUACGAACCUGUUACACUAAUUUGUAACCUUUGUGGCCCUGGGAUAGAGUGUAAACAUCAGGAAACUAGUCAAGAUGGCGAUGUAAAUAAACAGUACGGUACCGAACGUGACAGUGAAAAAAGUUCGUUAAAACAUGGAUGCGAGCCAGUUACAUUAAUUUGUAACAUUUGUGGCCCUGGGAGGGAGUGUAAACAUCAGGAAACUAGUCAAGAUGGCGAUAUAAAUAAACAGUAUGGUACCGAACGUGACAGUGAAAAAAGUUCGUUAAAACAUGGAUGCGAACGAGUUACAUUAAUUUGUAACCUUUGUGGCCCUGGGAGGGAAUGUAAACAUAAGGAUACUAGUCAAUCUGGCGACGUCUCCAAACCACACGGGACCCAAUAUGGCAAUGAAAAUAGCCCAUCACAACAUGGGUGUGAACCUGUUACAUUUACCUGCAACCUUAGUGGCCCUGGGAGAGAGUGUAAACAUCGGGAUACGAGUCAACAUGGCGACGUAACCAAACCCUGCGGUACCGAGUGUGACAAUGAAAAAAGUUUGUCAAAACAUGGAUGCAAAGAUGUUACAUUAAUUUGCAACAUUUGUGGCCCUGGGAGGGAGUGUAAACAUCAGGAAACUAGUCAAGAUGGUGAUGUAAAUAAACAGUACGGUACCGAACGUGACAGUGAAAAAAGUUCGUUAAAACAUGGAUGCGAACGAGUUACAUUAAUUUGUAACCUUUGUGGCCCUGGGAGGGAAUGUAAACAUAAGGAUACUAGUCAAUCUGGCGAGAUAACAAAACAACAUGGGACCCAAUAUGGCAAUGAAAAUAGUCCAUCACAACAUGGGUGUGAACCUGUUACAUUUACUUACAACCUUAGUGGCCCUGGGAGAGAGUGUAAACAUCGGGAUACAAGUCAACAUGGCGACGUAACCAAACCUUGCGGUACCGAAUGUGACAAUGAAAAAAGUUCGUCAAAAGAUGGAUGCAAACCUGUUACAUUAACUUGCAACCUUUGUGGCCCUGGGACUGAGUGUAAACAUCAGGAUACUAGUCAAUAUGAUGACCUAAAUAAACAGUACAGUACCGAAGGUGACAAUGACAAAAAUUCGGCAAAACAUGGAUGCAAACCUGUUACAUUUACUUACAACCUUUGUGACCCUGGGAGGGAGACUAAACAUCACGAUACAAGUCAUUAUGCCGACGUAACCAAACAAUCCGGCACCCAGUAUGUCAAUGAUGAUAGCCCGUCAAGACAUGGGUGCAAACCUUUCAACUCUCGUAGCCCUGCGAGAGCCAGUAAACAGACUGCAGACCAAAAUGACGACAAGUCCACACCUGAUACUAAAACAUUCCUAUCUAACUCUUGCGGGUCCAAAUCCGACACUAAAACAUUCCUUUGUACUUGCCGUCAUACAAAACAUGACAAUGAAAAGAGUCCGUCAAAACAUAGGUGCGAACCUAUUUGCAACUCUUGUGGUUCUGGGAUAGAGUGUGAAAGACAGAGUACAGAUACAUUCCUUUGUAGCUCCUGUGGUACGGAACAUGACGAUAAGGAAAGUUUGACAAAACACUUGUGGGAACUUAAUCAUAUAUACCUUUGUAAUAUUUGUGGUUCUGAGGAUGAUUCUUUAUGUAAUACCAAUGAUAAAAAUGCAUCUUUAACUGAAUUACCUGAAAGUCGGUUGCAUGAAAAACUUGAUGUUCCUGAACACGAGAGUGAAAGUUUAUGUACAGCAUCUCGGUUUUCAAUAUGUGGUACCCCUGAAGAGAGGGAGCACCCUUGUGAUAAAAAUGAGCAUCCUGGAUUAUCGGAAUCGAGCAAGAAUGAAGCGAUAGAUCAACGUGAAUCGCAAUUUUUUGUAUGUAGCUUACGCAAUGUAGAAUAUGAUACUCAACAAGCGUGCUGUCAGACUAGUAUUGAACGCAAAGAGGAAGAACCUCAAAUCGUAUUAGAGAAGGGACGCCUAGAAAUAGAUUGUGUACCAGUUACAUAGUGUAAAACCCAUGACUGAUGAUGAUGCAGGAAGUUUUUCAUUUAUAAUAAAGGAACAAUUUCGAGAGGUUUAUAUAUCAAUUUAAAUGUAGAAAUGAGAGACAGGAAAUUUCAAUUGUUUACGAAAAAUUCAAUUAAUUUGACAACUUAUAUGGUACAUCGUAUUUUUGUAUGUAUUUGUAUUAUACUGUUAUAGUAUAUAGUUGGAUUCUAGAUUAUAAGAUUCAUAAUUCUUGUGUCCCCACUCUAAGGAUGUCGAGCAUUAAUAAAGAGCAUACAAAAUUAAAUUAGUAUGUUAAUAAUGAAUAAAAAUAAAAUCACAUUGUUCAGUCACAAAGAUCAUAAAACUGGCUGUUUUGAGGGAACACUUGCCAGAGUGCCUUACCUCAGUAGGGUAGUUGGCACUUUUUUGAGUAGAUUUGUUCUAUUAGACCAAAAAAGUAUUACUAUAUUUUUUCCAAACCGUAAAACUUUAAAAAUAUAUUUUUC